AUGAACGCCCUACAUCAGCAAAAAUUAAUUGCAAAUGCACUUUCAGAAACAACUCUGUCUGUCACGUUACAAACAUGUCAGCGUUUGAGAGGUGAAAUCCCACCUGAAACUGCCAAUCUUCGUUAUUUGGAAAUACUGAACCUAAGUGAAAAUGAGCUUCAUGGUACCAUCCCCACUUCAUUCAGUAACCUCUCCCGGCUCACCACCUUAGUCCUAAGCCAAAACAAGCUGGAAGGAGCAAUACCUAAUGUCAUUGGUGACAUGAAGUCUUUGAAUUACAUGGACUUGAGAAACAACUUACUAUCAGGAGGAAUUCCACCAGAAUUUGGGAAUGUUACCACUCUUGUAAAACUAGAUUUGUCAGAUAAUCAUCUCUCAGGCGUCCUUCCCAACGAGCUGGGAAGACUUGUUAACCUUACGCACCUGGUGUUGGUUAACAAUGAGUUCAGUGGCGCACUGCCUAAAAGCUUUGCAGAACUUAAGAAGAUGGUCCAUCUAUUCAUUACUGGAAACAACUUCGCAGGCAAGAUACCAGAGUAUAUUGCUAAUUGGGAGAAUCUUAGGGUUCUGGGACUGAUGGGAAACAGUUUUGAAGGGCCUUUUCCUGAUGCAUUAUCAUCAUUAAACCUCACCACACUACAUGUAGCUGACUUGGCGAGCAGUGAAGGAAGGGACUUUCCGUUUCCAAAUAUAUCUGGAAUGACAUCUCUGGCAUGGCUGACAUUGCGGAAUUGUUCGAUAACUGGUCUGAUCCCUGAAUUCAUUCUUCAAAUGACAUCCCUCUAUUAUCUAGACAUUUCAGAAAAUAGUUUCGAAAGUGCACCUAUGCAGCAGAGAGGCAUAUCCUCCAAUAUAAACACUUUUGCUUGCUGUACUGAGGCAUCAAAUCUGAGCAUGGCAUGGCAGAGAAAUGACUACUCUUGCCACAGUGAUAAACCAUUAAAUGAUCAUCUCUAUAUAAAUUCUGGUGGUGUUGGGAUGCUGGCUAAUGGAGUUUAUUAUGAAGCUGACUCACAACCGGACGGCGGAUCAACAUUCGUUCUAAGUGAUGACAAAAAUUGGGGUUACAAUAGUAUGGGAAUAUUCCUUGGAGCAGAGCAUGACCAGUAUACCAUGUCUGUGGAGAAACCAUUAUGUGGAAUUUCCGGUGACAGUGCGCCUUUAUAUAAGACAGCUCGUGUUUCCCCAAUAUCCUUAAAGUACUAUGGAUUUUGUAUGAAGAAUCGUAAAUACAAAGUGAAGCUUCACUUUGCAGAAAUAGUGUAUGGAGAAAAUAGAGAUCCUAGCAGUAAGGGGAAACGCUUGUUUGAUGUGGCAAUUCAGGACAAGAAGGUGCAAGAAAAUUUCAAUAUAAGAGAAGUAGCAAAGGGAGUAAAUGGAAGUGUAACUUUGGACUUUAUUGCUACUGUGAAGAACAACCGACUGGAGAUCCACUUAUACUGGUCUGGCAAGGGUUCGAUUAGUUCUCCAAUGGAGUAUUAUGGUCCUCUUGUAUCUGCCAUUUCGGUUUCUCCUGCUCCAAGAAAAUCUGGCAGAAAACCAUCAGCAAUGAGUAUUGCUGCACUUAUAUGCUCUGCUUUACUUUUUCCACUACUGGUUGUGGUUGCCAUUUGCAAAAUGGGCUGGCUAGGCGGCAAAGGAAAAUUUCACAUUGAAGAAUUAAAAUGUGUCGAACUCAUACCAGCAGGAUCUUUUAACUUCCGGCAGAUAAAAGCUGCCACUCAAAAUUUUAGCCCUUCAAACAAGAUUGGUGAAGGAGGAUUUGGACCUGUUUUCAAGGCUUAUGUUUUGCAAGAGAAAGGGGAACUAAUAUCUCUAGUCGAUCCAAUCUUGGGAUGCGAUUAUUCAGUGAAACAGGCAAUGAUAAUCUUAGACUUGGCAAUGCUAUGCACCAAUCCAUCCCCUACUCUGAGGCCAACAAUGUCUGAAGUAGUAAAGAUUCUUGAAGGCAAGAUUAAGAUGAAGGCUCCUUCAUUCAACGUCCCUUACUCAGCUGAUGAUUUUGCGAAGGCUAAGGCUGUCGCUUGCCUCAUUCCCCGCGUUCGUUCUGGCAACAAUUCUACAGGAAAGUCAUCAAAUGCUGUUUCAUAUGAUGUUGUGAGUCGAGAUGAAGAUGCUUAUGGCAUUUUUGAAGAUUGUUCCUCGGAGAUGGUGGACAAGACAGAUAGCCUGACCAAAUGA